CUAUCAGCUCAUAUUGUACACCACACCAUCUAAGUUUCAGUUCUAUCUAAAGAUUCACAUCCUUCUCAAGUUGCACUUGAAAGGGAAGAUGGCUCGUCUAACACAUGCACAGGUACUCAUCCUUCUGCUUAGUGCUUCCAUGUGGGCAAUAAGCAUGGCAAGCAGGCAAUAUGGUUUCAACAACACUGAUUGGAGUUACAAGCGUCGCCCUUGUCGCCAAAACAGUACAGCUGCACCCAACAAGAUCGUUGUGGGUGGAUCUCAAAAUUGGACGUUCGGUAUCAACUACGCUGAUUGGGCUCUCAAAAACGGCCCAUUCUACUUCAAUGACACUCUAGUGUUCAAGUAUGAUCCACCCAGUGACACAAACACCCAUCCUCACAGUGUCUACUUGCUACCAAACCUGUGGAGCUUCUUAAAAUGUGACCUGAGCAGAGCCAAGUUGGUUGCUAGCGAGACACAAGGAGGUGGUGAUGGGUUCGAGUUCGUGCUCAAGAGCUGGCAACCUCAUUACUUUGCUUGCGGCGGAGGUGCUGGCUUCCACUGUAAUAACGGCACCAUGAAGUUCUUUGUCAUGCCAAUGUUUCGUCGUCGGUAUUGAAUGGAAAUCAUCCAUUAAUCGCAUGCAUUACCACUCGUGUUGUUUUUUUUUUUUUUUUUUUCCUUUCUAAUUUUUAAUAUGAGAUUUGUGAGACCUAAAUAAAAUAAGGACAGUGGUGAUGAAUACGAUGAUAUACAUUGGUAUGAUGAUGAAUUGAAAAGGAUAUAGUUUUGUUUA